CUGUAUAUGUAGAAUCAAUUCUGACAACACUGCAUGGUUCUUCGAGUCUGGAGACUUACAUGUAGUUCACCAUCUGAACGGAUCAGUGUUCCAUUUGUAGAUUGUUUGGACACGCUGAAAAAAUUAUGCCACUUAACAUGGAUAGAAAAGGCGUUUUCAUCCUGAUUCUAUUUCUGCGAUUUUCGGAAGAUAGAAUUCAAGCCAUUCCAGAGUGCAAGAUUGUCAAAUACACUCAUGUCAUGACGUUUGACAAUCAGUUGUUUUCAAGAUGGUUGUUGUGGACAAAAUCAUCAGUGAAUAGAAAUGAAUGUGCCACCUUCUGUCUCCAAGAGAAAGCCUGCGUUACCUUUCAAGUGAACUCAGGAGGAUCAGUCUGUAGAGGCUACGCAGUCGCCUUUAACGGGAACUCAACAAGUGAAUCAGCCCCGGGAUAUAAGUUGUAUUCAAAAGAGAAAGGCUUUAUUGGAUCUUCGUGUCAGAACAACGCAGACUGUUACGUGGCAAGUUCCGUCUGUGUCAACUCAGAGUGCAUGUGUGACCCUGGACUGGCAUUCUCACCUCAACAAAAGACUUGUGUUUCGACAUGUACGGAGUACGGUCCUCAUUACACUACAAUACGUGGCUACUUUAUAGCCCACAACAACAUGGCUACCUACACCGGGGUGACUGAACAACAGUGCAUGGACCACUGCACCAAUCAUGUCGCCUUUGUCUGCAGGACAGCUGAUAGGCGUGCCUCUGACGGGAGAUGUGACCUCACCACCCAAACUCUCCUGACUGUUGCCGCAUCAGACUACAGAAUAGAAACGGAUCGUACAAUUAUGGCCCAGUUUUCCAGAGAUUGCAAAGCCUGAUCCGACCAUGUUAAACUACUCUAAAUUCCAUUUCCGAUUGUUUACUUGAAACCAUUAAUCAGAAGCUACACUUUGUUGUUGACCAUAUACCAUACACUGUAAAUAAGUUAAGUUUGAAACAAUGGAGGCGAUGGGAUAGCCUAGUAGUAAAGGCGUUCGCUCAUCACGCUGAAAACCCGGGUUUGA